AUUAGAGCUUUCAAAAUUACGCACUAUUUGUCGACUCAUUUUCAUCGUUUACAAUAUACAAAUGAUUAUCAUCGACGUUCGAACGAGUCUUAAAUUCACGAUGGAACUAUUCUUAUGCAUUUGCCUCUUUACUUAAAAAUUUCCAAAUUCAUCUCAUCUUCAAGAUGAUUAAGAAAAAUCUUUAAAUUAUUUUUCACGUAAUUUAUCUUUAAAUUAUUUUACAUGUAAUUGCAUUUUGUAUCCCGUCUUUCAAUUACACACGCUUUACCAAAAAUUAUAUCUCAUAAUGAAUUUCUCAAGAGGACCGCAAAAUAAUAAUAUUGGAAAUACAGUUAAAACUGAAAAAAAUUUUUGAAAGUUUUCAAAAAAAGUCUCCCCAUAACUUCUACUUUUGUUAUAUUUUUUCAAAUAGUUUCGUUGUUACUAUCAAUUCCUUACCUAAGAAACAAUAAUUAAUAUUUUUGUAUGUUUGUACGUUAUCAUGCGAUUUCUUAUUAUCGCGGAUCGGUAUUGCAAAAUUAUCAGGUUUAAUCCCUUCAGACCGACAGGAAACAAUAUCGAUCCUGAGGGACCAGCACAUGCGCCCUGAGUGGUAUCCUUCAGCGUCCGCAUGUGCGAGGGGUGAAAACAGACUAAGCUCUUGUCGAGAAAUAUCAGUGAACAUGUACAGUCGAUUCUUCCAUUCUUGUUAACACGUGACAGUGUAUUUCCGCCUCGAGAAAAAUGAGUCCUGGCUUGGGACACGAUCCUUUGCCAUCUUAUAACAUCACUACGAUCGGAAACGCUGCGCUCUGUUUGUGGCAACAGCCGCAGCAUGUUUUGUUCCAGCUGGCGAAUUUUUGCUUCGUGCUCUCGUACUCGGCGCCGUCCUCUAAGAAGGGGAUUUUGUUCAUGCACUCAGUGCUAAUUGUCGGAUUUAUGCUGCUGUCAGGGUGGGCUUGGCAUGUAAUUUGCGCGCCGGAUAUUUUCUCCUGGAACUUCAGCUUCUUGUUGUUGAAUAUCGGCCAAUUAGUGUAUACCUUUUAUCAGAUGCGGCCCGUCAAGUUUGAUAUCGAACUGGAGGAGGCUUAUCAUACGCUUUUCUAUCCUUUCAAGGUCUCGCGUUUACAAUUCAAGCGAUUGGUAUCGCCGGAAUUCGCGACGAUAAUGUCCCUCCACGCCGGCGAGGCGUACGCGAUGCAAAACUUAACGAAAACGGACAGACUGGGCUUGUUGCUUAGCGGUAAAGUCAACGUUCUCAGCGACAACAAUUUUCUGCAUCCGAUAUUGCCUUGCGAAUUCCUCGAUUCGCCGGAAUUUGAGAGUUCCCGAGCUUCUGUUGAUGAUAAAUUCAAGGUGGCCAUCGUGGCAGCGAGUUCUUGUCGUUACUUGUACUGGCAAAGAUCAGCCUUGGAAUAUCUCCUCGUGAAGGAAACUUACCUUGCUACUGUCUUGACCACACUGGUGGCGAGAGAUAUUGCGACAAAGCUGUACGCAAUGAAUAACAAGAUAGUUACGGACAAAGGGUCGCACUUGGAUAUUCGCCUACCUUCGAUCAGCGCCGGGUUGGGAAUAAGCAGCGAGUACAGAAGUCCUCGAGCCUACAGACACGCGCUGAUUCGCAGGAAAGAAGCUAAACCAAUGUCCAAUAAUGUUAGCAGCGCGAAGUCUAAGGACCGCACGGUCAACAACCUGACGAAGAAGGGCGCGCCGAACAUGGAACCUCUUCCAGAGCUACCAUCCUGCGACGACCUGGCCUCCAGUGGCGUAGAGAGCUGGCUGGACUCCUCCAGCAAGUAUCACAGUUGCGAGAUCGUCGACGAGGAAUAGCAUCACGCCCCCUGCUCGAACCAGGAGAGCUUGCUCGGAGACGAUGAGUCCAACGAAGAGAACGCGCAGGCUUUCAGCUGUAAGACCGCGGACCAUUGGGCACAGUAUCCUGAGGACUAGCGAUAGAAAAGGAAAUAGAGCACUUCUCUCUUGCGUUCGAAGCGUCUGUACUUCUCACUUGUGGAUUUUAACUUGCCAGGAGGUUUGACUUCCAGGAACAAUUCGACCUCGUCGUUGUUACUUAAAUUUUCGGUUAAAUGAAAACGAUUAACAUUCAUGAAAGCAAGUGUUCGUGCUAAUCCACGUAUUUUACGAUAUUGACCUGUAGGUUUGUUGCCCGGCAACGAAGAUCGCAACGAACCUCUCGAAAGUUACAUGCGCAAUGUAAAUUUAACACUCUGUACAUACUUGUAAAUAUCGUACUUGCGAAGAAUUCGAAGAACGAAAGUUCUUCCCCAAGAAAAAGGAGUAACGUUUGUAAGGAUAUUCUAAAUAAUUUCUGAAAGGGACAAACACAUGUUAGAUAAGUGCAAUGUUUAUAAUAAACGCGCCUAUAACAUUUUUGUAAAUAUCAAUCAAGAAAUCUGUAUAGCCAGCGACAAUAGAGGAUUUCUUACGAAAAAAAGAUUUUUACAAAAGAAAAGAGAAAAAGUACAUGAGAAAAAUGUUCAAAUAUUCAAAUAAGUUUUCAAAUAACAUGACUAUUUAUAAUUGAGUAAAUAAAAACAUGCGGUAUUUAACAUAGUA